UAGUUCAGGCAGUAAUGUAUGUAGUAAUUGUAAUUCAACCAACCAUAUUAUUAGACGAUGCACAGCUCUAUGCAAAUUAUGCAACAAAGAAGAUCAUACUUAUACAAGAUGUAAAGGAAAAAAUGUAG